AUGGCCAUCGUUGCUGCACCACGCAAGCUAUGGCAGAAUGCUGAUCCGACGCAAACAAACAUGGACAAGUUCCGUCGCCAGGUUAACUCGAAGCGACGACUUGCGCUGAAGGACUAUGCAGAACUCCAUGCAUGGUCGAUAGACCCUCGUACAGCAUCCGACUUUUGGGCCGAUCUCUUUGAAUUCGAAGGCCUCGCGAAACAUGCGCUGCCCAUCAAAGGCUCGGUGCUGCCGCAGGGCGCAGCUAUGUUUCCGCCGUCGCAUUUCUUUCCCCAAGUCCGCAUGAACUUCGCGCAGCAUUUGUUGAAUGUGGAGUCCUUGAAUCCCAUUGCUAUAUACGCCGUGCCUGAAGGAGCAAAGACCGUACGAGCUAUCACGCGGCAAGAGCUACGUGAACAGGUCACGGUGAUAGCGGACGCUCUGAGGCAGGCUGGUGUGAAAAAGGGAGACCGUGUGGCGGCCGUCAUUUCCAACUGCUUCGAGACCAUUGUGGCUUGUCUAGCCACCUUGAGCAUUGGGGCACUGUGGUCAACUUCAUCACCAGACAUGGGUACAGAGGGCAUCAUGCAGCGGCUCGAGCAGAUCGAGCCCAAGAUUGUCUUCUUCGAAAGUUCUGUGCAUUACAACGGAAAGCUGCGCUCCCUGACCGAGAAAUACGAACAAUGCCUAGGCCGGCUUCGAAAGGUGGCUGAUUUCAAACGCGCGGUGCUGAUCAUUCGCGAUGAGCCCUAUUCCAAGGAACAACCCGACAGCACAACCUGGGAUCGCUUCUUGAGCACAGCAAAGGGCCGUCCACUGACUUUUGAACAACUGCCUUUCAGUCACCCUGGAUUUAUUGUAUAUUCUUCUGGAACGACCGGCGCCCCCAAAUGUAUAGUUCACAGUGCGUGUGGACUCCUGAUGCAAGUCAAAAAAGACUACCUUCUUCAUUUGGAUGUGCGCCCAGGCGAUACAGUGUACCAAUAUACCACGACUGGAUGGAUCAUGUGGGCAAUGGUUCUGUGCGGCCUGUGCUACGGAGGCAGUGUGGUCGUAUAUGAUGGCUCUCCGCUGUAUCCGGACCCGUUAGUCACCCUUCGCCUGGUGGAGAAGCUGAAAAUAUCCUUGUUUGGCACAUCUGCCAGAUUCUUGACCGAUCUACAGGAGAGAAACAUUUGCCCUAAGCAAACCAAUGAUCUUAGCAGCUUGCGAACUGUAUCUUCGACGGGCUCCGUCCUUCCAGCAAGGGUAUGCGAAUGGUUCUACGAUGCCGGGUUUCCUGACACAGUGCAUCUUGUGUCUGGUAGUGGUGGCACAGAUUUGGCAUGUUCUCUCGUCUCUGGAGAUCCCACCAGUCCUGCCUACUCGGGAGAGAUUCAAGCCCCCGCCCUGGGGAUGGCGAUAGACAUACUCGAUAGCGCCAAAGAUCACCCCAUCUCUCUUAUGAAUACUGGAGUGCCUGGCGAGUUGGUUUGCCGUCAGCCAUUUCCGUCCGAGCCUGUCGAGUUCUGGGGCAGAGAUGGGAAGACUAAGUAUCAGAAGGCAUAUUUCGAGCGAUUCGGAAACAAUAUCUGGACCCAAGGCGACUUUGUUUCGUCGUCGCCCAUAACAGGCGGUUUCACCAUGUUGGGCAGAAGUGGAUCGUUGGUACAUAUGCUGACCGAGGAAAUACAAUCCAGCGAUGGUGUCCUCAAUCCCUCCGGUGUACGAUUUGGCUCGGCGGAAAUCUACCAGGCGAUUGAGAAAUUCACAGAGUUCGAAGAAACCAUAUGUGUCGGUCAGCGUCGUCCCCAAGAUAACGACGAGGCUGUGAUUCUGUUCGUUAAGAUGAAAGACUCAAAACAUUUGACAAAAGCCCUGAUCGUCUCCGUCUGCUCGGCCAUCUCGACUUCGUUGAGUCCUCGCCACGUGCCAAAGUUCAUUUUCGAGGUUCCGGAGAUCCCUUACACCAUCAAUGGCAAGAAGAUUGAGCUUGCAGUCAAGCAAAUCGUCUCUGGCCAAGUCAUCACGCCAUCAGGGGCCGUGAUGAACCCCGAAAGCCUGAAAUUCUUCGAAAGAUUCGCCCACGACUCGUACCUGAAGCAGGAAGUGGAAGAGCCGAAAGGCCGGCUUUGA